AUGGAUGAUCGUAUGAAUGAAUUUGAUCCGAUAGAGGAAAAUGAAAAUAAAAACUCCAUUGGGAUUAGCUUAGUAAAGCCCAUAUCUGAUGAUGAUGAUGGAAACACUGCAAAUACCGAGACCCCUAAUACUAUCUCUAAUAAGGGCUUAACAGAAGUGCAAAUGUAUUUGCUAGUGGUUUUGAGAGGGAACAUCAACCCUUCAGCUAAGAACUUGAAAGACAUCCUUGGAUCUAUUGGAGUUGAAUUUGAAGAUGAUAAGAAUGAGUUGCUCCUGUCUGAGGUGAAGGGUAAAGACAUUACUGAUCUUAUCGCAUCUGGAAGAGAGAAAUUGGCAUAUGCCCGUUCUGCUGGUGGUGGUGGUGUUGUUGCAGUUGCAAUAAUGGGUGGUGGUAGCGGUGCUGCUGCUGCUGCUACUACAACAGAGCCAAAGAAAGAGGAAAAGGUGGAAGAGAAAGAGGAAUCAGAGGAUGAUAUGGGCUUCAAUCUGUUUUAUUGAGAAAUUAGGAUAUCAUGUUAUGUUUCAAGAUUACUCCAAUUCAAGCAAUGGUAGAAAUCACAAGUUCAUGUUUCUUCAUGUUGUCUUUCUUUUUCAAUGUUUGGUUCUCUUUUAAGACUGGGAAGUUAUACAGAAAUCUUACAGAUUAACUUAGUCUUGUUCUUUCGAAUAUUGCACGUUGUUUCCUGGUCCUUGAGAUAUUGAUAUGAUCUACUAAUUCCCAGUGGUAAGAAAAUAAAAAUAAAAACUACUUGCCAUUUUCAAUGAAGUAACCAAUAUUGUA